GAUGACUGAAAAACUAGGAUUUCUAUAUCUCUUGUUAACAUUGUGGGUGCAAAAUACAAAGGAGAAUGGUGGUGUUAAGGAGGAUAAUAGAGCAAACCCUGAGUCGCCUCAGAAUAAUGCCUCUUGCUCAAAGAUUGUGAAGGGUAUCAAAAUCUACAGUCCCACGCCAGAAAUCACCAUCGGAGCAAAAGUGAAAUUGGUGUGCUACUUGGAGACAAAUUGUCUGCCAAUUAAUUACACCUUAUUUUUAAAGAAAAAAAGAGUGCAAGGUCCUGCGCCACAGAGCAUGAAGAAACAAAAAGUUGAAUUUAACACCACAAUCCAUUCCAACAGUCAACUGGGUCCAUAUAAGUGCAAAGCUGACUACCUGAACAGAACUAUGGCAUCAACAUAUAGCCCAGCUUUCAACUUUACAUUAAGAGUUGUGACAAUUCAACUAUUGAUCCUUCCUUGGUGUAAGGCAAGAAAACUGAAAUCAGCUAAUAUUUGCACUGCAUAUGAUGAUACUGGAGAGAACCAACUUGACAAUGAAGAUUGUAUGGAUUAUGAAAUAACUGAAUACUACAAUUUGAAAAUGAAAAUAAAGACAGAUGACAGAUACGUGAAUGACAGUGAAGACAGUGUAACCUAUGCAGAAGUCAUCUGUAAAUAAGAGUGAUUCCUUUAUAUGACAAGGAUGAAUGUUUAAAUUAUUCUAUAGUUCCAUAUUAUUUUUAUCUCUUUAUCUAUACAACUCAGCAGGCAAUCCAACAUCAGAAUAAGUAUCUGAACAUGGAUGCAGUCCCCAGAAUCUCAUUUUGCCAAAAAAUGUUGGUGGCAAACAUGUUUGGAACCAUUCUAGUUUUCAAGAUUACAAUAAGGGUUAAGAGAAAGAUGAAAAAUGACAAAAAUGUGAAAGAUCUAUAAAAUUCAGAAGUAUUUUUGGAAUGGUCGAGUCACAGAAGAAUGCCAUGAUGGGAACUGAGGCAAGAAUAUCUAAAUAUCUAGUCAAGAGUUUCUUAGACUGGUGCAGUCUACUAGUCUUAGUCUCUGACUAGUAGAAGGCCUUAUCUUCUGUCAGGGGAAUCAUCUGGGAAAACCAAGCAAGAUCUUCCUGUUCACCUUCGAUGAGUCGUCUUCUUCUGGAACUCACAUAGCAGUUUUCAGCAAUUUUCUUCUGAAUUGCCCUGGAACAAGCUCUCACCAAGAUAAACACGUCCUAUCCAGUUAUUGUUCAGCAUUACACUUUACUAAAACAGCCACUGUCUACUCUAGAACCACAUCACCACCAUGCAUUCUCCAUCCAAGUUCUGCUCAGAAUUUUCAAGGCAGUCUUCUUUUGCCAGCUCAUUAACUUUCCUUUUCUCUCCUCCAUCAGAAUUUUCCUAUGGGAAAUUAAGCUACCUGCCCUACUCACAGCUUUCACUUUUCUGCUCACUUAAUAGAUGGAUAGUUGGUUGUCUGCAUGGACAUAAGACCCUUCACUGGGAAGACAGGGUUGAACACAGGCUCUGAGUUGAUUUGAACUCCCAAAAUAACCAGAGGAUAAAAGUUGCUUAUACCUGGUAUAGUGAAGGCAAAGCCAAAAGGUUUCUGAGGAAUCCUUUCAGAUGCUCUCCCUUAUAAGUCAGUGGAGUUUUUUUGCAUUCACUUUGAAUGCUUCUAUAAUUAAUUAUAUAAAGAUACUGAGUCUGUCUUAUGAAGCAGGGUUUCCACUUGUUUCUCCAAGCUAGUCUCUUCCAAUUGCUCACGAAUACUGAAUUUCUAGAACAGGGGUGUCCAAACUUUUUUGAGUGAGGGCCAAAUACAGAAAAAUAAGCAAAGGCCCGGGCCACCGGGGGGGGGGGGAUGGGCGUGGCUUAUUUUGGGGUGUGGCUUGGUGGUCAUGUGACUGGUGGGUGUGGCUAACUGCUCAUGUGACUGAGUGGAUGUGGCUAUGGGCAUAGAAACUACUCAGAGGGCUAAAAAAAGUAAUUUUUGACCAGUCCUCACACUUAUGACCAUCCUCACAUUUAUGCCCAUUGCAGCAUUUUUAACAACCAUAUCACUCAUUUCACAACUGCUUCUCUUCACCACGGUUACAAGAUAGGGUGCAAAAUGUAAAGAUAGUUGUAGGUGUGAGGACCAGUCAAAAGUGUGAGGACAGGUCAAAAAUAACUUUUCAGCCCUCUGAGUAGUCCCUAUGCACAAAAUGCUGCAACAGGCAUAAAUGAUGACCGGUCAUAAGUGUGAGGACUGGUCAAAAGUGCGAUAUAGUUUUUGUCUGGAGACAUUCUGCACACUUCCCCCCACCAACGCUGUUCGGCCCCUCGCCGCCCUCACCUGUUUCUCGAUGCCGGUCUUCUUCUUUUCCGCCAGGGGAGUCCCAGCUGCUUUCUAUCAGUCUGCAGGGUGCAAAACUGUCACACUGGGAGAUCCUGCAGCAUGCAAAGAAGCCCCCAAGGGUCCCUCGGUUUGGGCACAGGUUUGGGAGCAGAGCCCCCAAAGGGCUUUGAAGCUGCUCCGAGGGGCAGCUGGGGCCCAUGUACAGAG